AUAACCUUAAAUAAAUUUAUAUUAAGGAAGCCGUUAAAUCUUAAAAAAUAAAAGUAUUUAAAUUAAAAGUUGCAAAUAUUUACUGUAAUUUUGUGUCAGCCAGAUAAUGAAAGUAUUGUUUGCUUUAGAUUUAUUCCUUCAUAUCACCCCUUAACCUCAAAAUAUUUGAAUUAUGAAUUUUUGUAAAUUAUUACGCAAAACUAUUAAACUGAAGUCUUGUGUACGAUAUUUAAAUAACUACAAAACGUUUUCUAAAAGGCAAAGAAUUGAAGAAAUUCGAAAGACAGUUUUUCCAAAAAGUCGCAAAAAUCCUGUAAUAAUGAAAUUAGAAACUCCUGAAUUCAAGUCUAUAUUCACAGAUGAAUUAAAUUUAUUAAUAAAGUUGUUCAAAGAUAAUGGAUUUGAACUGAGAGUUGCUGGAGGUGCUGUGAGAGAUUUACUAAUGGGGAAUAAACCAAAAGACCUAGACUUCGCCACAACUGCAACACCAGAUCAAAUGAAGGAGUUGUUUACAAACGAGGGAAUAAGGAUGAUAAAUAUGAAAGGUGAAAAACAUGGUACAAUCACUGCAAGGAUUAAUGACAAAGAAAACUUUGAAAUAACAACACUGAGAGUUGAUCUUGUGACAGAUGGGAGACAUGCAGAUGUUCAAUUUACCACUGACUGGUUGUUGGAUGCUAACAGGAGAGAUCUUACAAUUAAUUCUAUGUAUCUUUGUUUUGAUGGGACUGUAAUUGACUAUUUUUAUGGGUAUGAAGAUCUUAAGAAGAGACGCGUUUGUUUUGUAGGUGAUGCAGAAACCAGGAUUAUUGAAGAUUAUUUAAGAAUAUUAAGAUACUUUAGGUUUUUUGGUAGAAUAUCCGAGAGACCAGACACACAUGAAGAAGUUACAUUGGAAGCAAUUAGGAAAAAUGCAUCAGGUUUAGGUCAAGUUUCAGGAGAGAGGAUAUGGGUUGAAUUGAAACAAAUCCUUGAAGGAAACUUUGCAGGGGAACUUGCCCUUACUAUUUUAGAUUGUGGAAUAGGUCCUUAUAUCGGAUUACCAAAUAAAGUGAGAAUUGAUGAAUUACAGAGGGUUUGGGGAAAAGGUAAACAUUUAUCUCUGAAGGGAAUUACUUUGUUGACUUCCUUAUUAAGUAAUGAAGAAGAUGCUCUUGCAUUACACAACAGACUCAAGUUAUCUGCUUAUGAAAGAGAUCUCGCUUUAUUUAUUAUCCAACAUAGGGCUCCAAAGCCCAGUCCAGAUCCUUUACUACCCUACCAAAAGCUUGUUGUCUUGGGAAAAGGAAAAGAUAUAAAGGACUAUGUGAUACAAGUACUGAAGUAUAACAAUUCACCUUAUAUACAGGAUUUUGAAUCAUGGAUUCCACCAAAAUUUCCAGUAACUGGAACUAUGUUAAAGGAUUAUGGUGUGGAAAGUGGCAAAUUUAUGGGGGCCGUACUAUCGGAAUUAAAGGAGAUUUGGGCAGAGAGUAAAUUUAAUAAAACGAUAGAUGAAUUACUUAAAGAUGUACCACAUAUUGUUAGCACUUUGAAAGAACGAAAAAAGGUCAAACAAUAAACCAAUUAGUUUUCUA